GAUGCGGGGUCUUCGUCACGGUUGCACACCAUUUCCCAUGAAACCCCGCGCUGGUGCUUCUGCAGCUUCACUGGGUUGGAGCCGUUUACGGAGAACGGCGGACCUGAGGGAGGACAGGGAGGACGGAGCGGCUGCCCUCACAUCGCGGAUGCACACACAGACGCACACAGGUGACACAGACAGCGUUUGCAGAGUUUCACUAAAGGGGGUCAGAGGUCACAGCUCCAUGUGGUCUGAUAGAAGAUGAGAGAACAUGACUUUGGACAGAGCGAGCCAGGGUCUCUCCAACCCUCCUGCGGCGCUCUGCCAGAGUCAGAGGUCACACUGCACCAGGGUGCGUUUGGCUGGUGUGAUGACAGAUCAGCUGGUUGCCAUGAUAAAAAGUUGGAGGAGGGCGGAGCUAAAGAUGAAAACCCAAGCAAACCAGGUGGAGACAACAGCAGGUGUCAUCAUCCGGUCGAUAGCGCAGGUCUUUUUUCUUUUAUGACCUUUCACUGGCUGACGCCUCUGGCCACCCACGCCCGCAGCAAAGGACAGCUCCUGUUGGAUGACAUCUGGCCUGUGUCACAGAAGGAGUGUUGCCAUGACAACAGCCAGAGGUUGGCGUCUCUCUGGGAUGAGGAGCAGAGGUCAAAGGGCAGAGAAGCGUCUCUGUGUUCGGUGGUCUGGUCUUUCUGCCGGGCUCGUCUCCUCCUCUCCAUCCUCUGUCUCACUGUCACACAGCUAGCUGGAUUCAGUGGGCCGGCAUUUGUGGUGAAGCGUCUGCUCGAGUACACCCAGCAGGAGGAGUUGGACCUGGGCUACAGUCUGCUUCUGGUGCUGGGGCUCCUCACCACAGAGCUGAUCCGUUCCUGGUCUCUGGCUCUGACCUGGGCCCUGAACUACAGGACCGGAUCCAGACUGAGAGGGGCCAUCCUUAGUCUGGCCUUCAACAAGAUCCUCCGGCUCCGCAGCGUCAGGGACAAGUCCAUGGGACAGCUGGUGAACAUGUGCUCCAGUGACGGUCAGAGGAUGUUUGAAGCAGCAGCAGUGGGCAGUCUGUUAGCAGGAGGCCCCCUGGUGGCUGCACUUGGUGUUGUCUACAAUCUCUUUAUACUGGGGCCAACCUCUCUACUUGGAUCGGCUGUUUUCAUCCUCUUCUACCCCACCUUGAUGUUCAGCUCCAGACUGACGGCGUACUUCAGGAGGAAGGGCGUGGCCGUCACCGACAGACGAGUACAGAAGAUGAAUGAGAUCCUCAGCUACAUCAAGUUCAUCAAGAUGUUUGCCUGGGUCAAAGCCUUCUCCCAGGAAGUUCGCCGUAUUCGUGAGGAGGAGCGCAGGAUCCUUGAGCUCACAGGUUACUUUCAGAGCAUCACAGUGGGUGUGGCUCCAAUAGUCGUUGUUAUUGCCAGUGUGGCAACAUUCACCACCCACAUGUUGCUAGGAUACGACCUGACAGCCGCUCAGGCCUUCACUGUGGUGACGGUGUUUAACGCCAUGACCUUUGCCCUGAAGGUCACUCCGUUUUCUGUCAAGUCUCUGUCUGAAGCUUCAGUGGCCAUGCAGAGAUUCAAGAGUCUCUUCCUGUUGCCAGAGGUUGACAGUGUCCGGGCGUUACCUGGUGAUCCUCAGGUUGCUGUGGAGAUGUGUGGGGCCAGUUUGGCAUGGGAGGGGGGCGGACAGAGCGCUCAGGCUAGUCCAUGUGUCCGAACAGCCAACAGACUCCAACACAAGGACAGGUGCAGAGACAGAGCUGCUGCUCUUCAGGAAGAGGAGGAGGAGGAGCAGGAGGAGGUGACUGGGUCCUUGUUGAGAAGAGGACGAGAUGUAGCUUCAAGCCCAGAGGAACAAGAGGAUGGGGAGGAUGAGACCUGUCCUCCCCUCCUGUCUGUCCCUCCUGUCUCCCCACGCCUUCAGAGCACUUUGCAUUGCAUCAGCCUGAGCAUCCAGCAGGGGAAGCUGGUCGGUGUCUGUGGCAGUGUCGGCAGUGGGAAAACCUCCCUGAUCUCCGCCAUCUUAGGACAGAUGACGGUGCUGGAAGGUAAUGUUGCUGUCAGAGGAAGGCUGGCUUACGUUGCUCAGCAGGCCUGGAUCCUGAAUGCAACACUAAGAGACAACAUCCUAUUUGGACAGGAGUACCACGAGGACAGGUAUCAGUCUGUGCUGAGCUCCUGCUGUCUGAGACCAGACCUCGCCCUGCUGCCCAACGCAGACCUCACAGAGAUCGGAGAACGUGGUGCCAACCUGAGUGGCGGGCAACGCCAGCGAAUCAGCUUGGCCCGUGCCCUCUACAGUGACCGGGACAUGUACAUCCUAGAUGACCCGCUCAGCGCCCUCGAUGCCCACGUGGCCAACCAUAUCUUCCACAACGCCAUCAGGAAGCAGCUUCACCACAAGACCGUCAUUUUUAUCACCCACCAGCUGCAGUAUCUGGUGGACUGUGAUGAUGUCAUCCUGAUGAGGGAGGGGAGUAUAGUGGAGCAGGGUAACCAUGACAACCUGAUGAAACUGAAUGGAGACUACGCGGCUAUGUUCAACCACUUUCAGCUGGGAGACACGCCGUACAUUGAGGCUCCCAGCAGGAAGAACGGCGGCUCUCAGAGGAAAGCAGCAGACAGUAAACCAGGAUCAGUGAAGAAGAACGUGCAGGUUAUCAAGGACAACGGGGAGGAGCAGCAAUGUGGAGGUGUGGCCUGGCCUGUGUUUCAGCUUUACAUGGCAGCGUGUGGUGGCUUGGCCUCCUGUCUGCUGAUCCUGGUUCUGUUUGUUUUGAAUGUGGGGAGCUCCGCCUUCUGCCAGUGGUGGCUCAGCUACUGGAUCAACCAGGGCAGCGGGAACAUCACAGCGACCCACAGAAACAGCUCAGCAGUGAGUGUCAGCAUGAAGGACAAUCCCAUGAUGCAACACUACGCCACCAUCUACACCGCCUCCAUGGGAAUCAUGCUGUUCUUCAAACUCAUCAGAGGCAUCGCCUUCGUCAAGGGAACACUGCGAGCCUCCUCAAAACUGCACGACGAGCUCUUCCACAAGAUCCUCCGCUGCACCAUGAAGUUCUUUGACACUACACCCAUGGGACAAAUCCUCAACCGCUUCUCUAAGGACAUGGAUGAAGUCGACACCCGUCUGCCUCUCCAGGCUGAGAUGUUCAUCCAGAAUGUGAUCCUGGUCUUCUUCUGCCUUGGCGUCAUCGGCUGUGUUUUUCCGUGGUUCCUGGUGGCUGUGGGUCCUCUGUUCUUGCUCUUUGCAGCUCUCCACAGCGUCUCCAGGGUUUUCAUCCGGGAACUGAAGCGUUUGGACAACGUGACGAUGUCGCCCGUUAUGUCCCACAUCACCUCCAGCAUCCAGGGCCUGACCACGCUGCAAGCCUAUGACAGGGGCCAGGACUUUCUCAACAGGUACCAGGUUCUGCUGGACCAGAACCAGGCUCCGUUCUACCUGUUCAACUGUGCGAUGCGCUGGCUGGCAGUGCGUCUGGACAUCAUCAGUGUGUCUCUGAUCAGCAUCACGGCCCUGAUGAUGGUCCUGAUGCAUGGACAGAUCCCCCCCGCCUACGCCGGACUCGCCAUCUCCUAUGCUGUGCAGUUAACAGGGCUGUUCCAGUUCACGGUCCGUUUGGCGUCUGAGACUGAAGCUCGCUUCACCUCUGUGGAAAGAAUCCAUCACUACAUUCAGUCUCUGUCCCAGGAGGCCCCGGCCAGGGUCAAAGGUCGGGCUCCGCCAGCUGACUGGCCCCAGCAGGGGGAGCUGGUGUUCAGGGAACUGGAGAUGAGGUACCAGGAGAACCUGCCCCUGGUCCUGAACAAGAUCUCCUGCACCAUUCGGCCCAAAGAGAAGGUCGGCAUUGUGGGCAGGACCGGGUCAGGGAAGUCUUCUUUGGGUGUGGUCUUGUUCAGGCUGGUUGAAUACUGUGGAGGAUCCAUCCUGAUCGACGAUGUCGACAUCAGUGACAUUGGACUGGCCGACCUCCGCAGCAAACUGUCAAUCAUCCCCCAGGACCCGGUCCUGUUCAGCGGGACGGUCAGGUCUAAUCUGGACCCCUUUAACCAGUACAUUGAGGAGCAGAUCUGGGAUGCUCUGGAGAGGAGUCACAUGAAGGAGUGUGUGUCCCAGCUGCCCCUGAAAUUGGAGUCAGAGGUGGUGGAGAAUGGAGAAAACUUCUCAGUGGGAGAGAGACAGAUGCUGUGUGUCGCCAGAGCUCUGCUGAGGCAGUGUAAGGUGCUGAUCCUGGACGAGGCCACAGCAGCCAUGGACCCAGAGACAGACGCUCUGAUUCAGGAGACCAUCAGGACGUCGUUUCAGGACUGCACCACCCUGACCAUCGCCCACCGCCUCCACACUGUGCUUGCCUCUGACCGCAUCAUGGUGCUCAACCAGGGACAGGUGGUGGAGUUUGACGAGCCGUCCAAACUGCUGGCCAAUGAGAACUCGCGGCUGUGUUCGAUGCUGGCUGCUGUGGAAAACAAGAUCUCUGUCCGCGGAUGAAGACUGAGGUGGAGGCCAGGGUUUACAUUAGGUCUCCUCUAUCCCAGUUAUCCCAGUAAAGUCAGUAGAAAUCAUCAGCUGAAGAACACUUGCAGGACCUGUUUGAUCUGAGGUGCUCCUCCUGUUCCUGUACUGUAAAUUUUAAAGAUGAAAACUGAUCUCAGAGCUGCUCUGAAGUUGUUGAUGUCAUCGUCAUCUCACCGAGUUACUGUUGCUUUUUUGCAACAUGAAGACGUUUUCUGUGUUUAUGACCUGAUAUGAACCAGGUCCAUAGUUUUUCUUCUUCAUAUGUUUAUUUGUUCUAUUGUCAUAAAGGCAUUGUGAGUUACUGUGUGAUGUUUAGAAAAGGGGGGAGGUUGGUUAAAGGACAGAUAACUGACCUCUUGACCUCAGGCAGCCCACCACUUUGUUUACAUAGUCUGCUUUAAAGGUUACAUGACCACAUCCACCACACACAGCGGUAACUUUAAAACGUUAGGUUCAGCGUUAGCUAGCUUACAGCUAACUAACUUACUGCGUGCUGUUAGCUUAGCUGAUGGUUAACUUCUCAGUACAAUGGUGCAGGUUACUGUCAGAGGUUAUGAACAUAUAUAAUAAAUAUAUUUUUCUUUUUUGGUUUGGAAGCUGGUUUGUAAAUAUUAUUUCAAAUACCAUUUUUUUGCAGCAUGUGCAACACACAUUUUGUUAAUAUUAUUAUGAAUGUUUUAUUUGUUCCACAGUAAUAAAAGCAAAUGCUGUAUUUAAAGGUGGACGGUGUGAAGCUCCCAGAAGUCGAUCACACCCUGAUGACUGGUUCCACACUAGGUCAUAAAUCCCGGCCCCUCCACAUUAGCUGAUGGGAGAUGAGCCAAAAUAAAACCUAAAACUACCAAUCAGAUAAAAUUUUCCCAGAGGGUCACAUUUGGUAGAUAUUCUCACACUGGUGUGUGUUCAAGUGGGUGUUUUUCUGUUCAGUUAGCUUUUAAUAAACUAUGUCAUGAUAUAUAAA